UGUUUUCAAGAAGUGACGGAGAAAGUCCCUAAGGGCUCUCUUCUGACUUCUCAGUAACUUUCCAGCUAAAACUCCAUCAUGGGUGACUGGAGUGCUUUGGGGAGGCUACUGGACAAGGUUCAGGCUUACUCCACGGCUGGAGGGAAGGUGUGGCUCUCUGUCCUCUUCAUCUUCAGGAUCCUGGUGCUGGGAACCGCUGUGGAGUCUGCCUGGGGGGACGAGCAGUCCGCCUUCAAGUGCAACACCCAGCAACCUGGUUGUGAGAAUGUGUGUUACGACAAAUCCUUUCCUAUAUCACAUGUACGGUUCUGGGUGCUACAGAUUAUCUUUGUCUCGACGCCGACUCUUCUCUACCUUGCCCAUGUGUUCUACCUGUUGCGAAUAGAGCAGAAGAUUAACCGCAAAGAGGAAGGGCUAAAAACCAUCCAGAACGACGGAGGCGAUGUGGACGUACCUCUGAAGAAGAUUGAGUUAAAAAAGCUCAAGCAUGGGCUGGAGGAGCAUGGGAAGGUUAAGAUGAAGGGAGCCCUCUUGAGAACCUACAUCGUCAGCAUUUUCUUUAAGUCCAUCUUUGAGGUGGGCUUCCUGGUCAUACAGUGGUACAUUUACGGCUUCAGCUUGGCCGCUGUCUACACCUGUGAGAGGUCCCCCUGCCCCCACAGAGUAGACUGUUUCCUCUCCAGACCCACUGAGAAAACCGUCUUCAUCAUCUUCAUGCUGGUGGUCUCUCUGGUCUCCCUGGUUCUGAAUGUCAUUGAGCUCUUCUACGUGACGUUCAAGAGGAUCAAAGACCGCGUGAAGGGGAAACAACCGCCCGUCCACUACCCUGGCACUGGGACAUUAAGCCCCACUCCCAAGGAUCUGUCCACCACUAAGUAUGCCUACUAUAAUGGCUGUUCCUCUCCCACUGCCCCCUUGUCACCCAUGUCACCCCCGGGGUACAAGCUGGCCACUGGGGAGAGAACCAACUCUGUUCGCAACUACAACAAGCAAGCCAACGAGCAAAACUGGGCCAACUACAGCACGGAGCAGAACCGCCUGGGCCAUAAUGGCAGCACCAUCUCCAACUCCCAUGCACAGGCCUUUGACUUCCCUGACGACACCCAGGAGAGUAAGAAACUGACCCCAGGGCACGAGCUGCAGCCAUUGGCCCUGAUGGACCCCAGGCCCUGCAGUCGAGCCAGCAGUCGCAUGAGCAGUCGGCCAAGGCCAGACGAUCUAGAUGUCUAGCCCCUCCCCAGCCCCCCCUGUCGGUGGCCUUGGUGCCAGAGAACAGAGAGUACAA